AUGCUCCCACACGAACUGUGUUCGCGCCUGUCGAACGCCUCCGCCUCGCGUCAUCGAUGGGUCCCCUUCACCCCGACCAAACAACACCUCUCCCUGCUCUCCCUCCUGCUCUCCCAAGGCUUCAUCACUUCCCUCUCCCUAGGUUCGACUUCAACUUCUUCCUCGACCCCUCCCGAUCCUACGACCUUUACGGGAACGCGAAUUUCCCAAAAAAGGGUCUGGGCCGAAUUGAAGUAUCGACAGGAAAGGCCGGUGUUGAACAAGAUGGAAUUGGUUUCGAAACCUUCGAGGAAGGUCGUUUUGGACAAGGAGGAAUUGAGUAGGUUCGUAAGAGGGAGUAGGGUCAAAUUCGUGAGGGGUUUGGGAAUGGGUGAAGUCGCGCUCGUUAGGAGUGGGCAGGCGACUUGGGUUGAGGCGAGGGAGGCCGUGAGGAAAGGUUUGGGAGGAGAGGUCGUCGCUAGGGUCGGCUAG